AUGGCUUGCAAGGAGCCGGCAGUCCAAUCCAAGCAUGUGUGCGUGAUUGGGGCUGGCCCGUCGGGGCUCAUGGCGGCCCGGGAGUUGCGAAAGGAAGGCCACAGCGUCGUGGUCUUGGAGCAAAACCAUGACAUUGGUGGCCAAUGGCUAUAUGAGCCAAACGUGGAAGGCGAGGACCCGUUGGGAAGAGAACCAUUUCUCAGGGUCCACAGCAGCAUGUACAAGUCGCAGCGGUUCGUAUGGCCGAGAGAGAUCAUGGGUUUCACAGACUUCCCGUUCUUGGUGAAGAAAGAUAGGGACAUGAGGAGGUUCCCUGGGCACAGGGAGCUUCUGUUGUAUCUUCAAGAUUUUGUAGAUUGGUUUGGGUUGAGAGAGCUGAUCAGGUUCAACACUAGGGUUGAGCAUGUAGGGAUGGUGAAUUAUGGUGAGUACGGGAAAGAUUUGAGGUGGGUUGUUAAGAGCAAAGAGAUCACCACGAAGGGUGACGAUGAUAAUGAUGAGAAAAUGGUGGAGGAGGUUUUUGAUGCUGUGGUGGUGGCAACUGGUCAUUAUUCUCGUCCGAGAAUGCCUUCCAUUAAAGGAAUGGGUACAUGGAAAAGGAAGCAAUUUCACAGUCACAUUUACAGAGUCCCCGAGCCAUGCCGCGACGAGGUUGUGGUGGUGGUUGGUAAUUUUGUUAGCGGUCAAGAGAUAUCAAUGGAGCUUGCGGAAGUGGGAAGAGAAGUCCAUCUCAGUGCCAAAUCUCUAGACAUUACAGGAGGACAGUCCAAAGUCCUUGAUAAGCAUCGCAAUCUCCAUCUUCGCCCUCGAAUAGAUUCACUUGAAGAAGACGGAACAGUAUUGUUCAUCGAUGGUUCGUCCGUAAUCGCCGACACUAUUUUGUACUGCACCGGGUACUCAUACGCGUUCCCAUUUCUUGACACCAAAGGGAUUGUGGUGGUGGAUGAUGAUAGAGUGGGACCUCUCUACGAGCACACCUUCCCUCCUUCCCUUGCUCCUUCUCUGUCAUUCAUUGGCAUCCCUAGAAAGAUCAUAAGUUUCCCAUUCUUCGAGUCGCAAGCCAAAUGGAUAGCUCAGCUUCUGUCUGGAAAAAGAACCUUGCCCACAUGGAACGAGAUGACGCAGUCGAUCAACGACUUCUACAACUCCAUUGAUGCUGCUGGCGUGCCAAAGCGCCACACUCAUGACAUAGACAAUUUCGAGUAUUGUGAGAGAUAUGGGGACAAUGUGGGGUUCCCGCAUUUGGAAGAAUGGAGGAAAGGGAUUUGCACGUCGACAAUAAAGAACAUCGAAGCGAAUUUGGAGACGUUUCGCGAUUCAUGGGAUGAAGCCGACGAGAAGCUGCUCCAGGAAGCUUUGCAGAGCCUCACUUCACUCAACUCGGAUCACAAGUCCUAACGUUUCAAUCCCGUUCUGAUAAUAAAGGCCUAGGGAUGAUUCCUUUUCCCCCUCUCAUUACAAUAUUAUCAUUGAUCAAGGCAGAAAAUUUGGAGCAUCGGCUGUUGUUUUGUUCGUUGUU